AGACCUCUGGGCCCGGGCGCAGGCGCAGACUCGCCAGCCCCAGACUCCGGGGAGGCCCGCCAGCCAUGAGCCAGGGCGGAAUGGAGGAUGCAGAAGUCUUGGGAGAGGGCUUCGCACUGUCCAUCUCUUCCGCCUCUGAAGCUGAGUUUGAUGCUGUGGUUGGAUCCAUCGAGGCCAUUGUCAUGGAUGCAGAGUUCCAGGUACUGCAGAGAAAUUUCAUGGACAAAUACUACAAGGAGUUUGAAGACACGGAAGAGAAUAAACUCACCUACACACCAAUUUUUAAUGAAUACCUCUCUUUGGUAGAAAAGUAUAUUGAAGAACAGCUGCUGACACGGAUUCCCAGAUUCAACAUGGCUGCUUUCAUAGCAACAUUAAAGCAUCAUAAAGAUGAGGUGGCUGAUGACCUAUUCGACAUGCUGCUCACAUUUACAGACUUCCUGGCAUUUAAACAGAUGUUUCUGGACUACAGAGCAGAAAAAGAAGGCCGAGGACUGGACUUAAGCAGCGGCUUAGUAGUGACGUCGUUGUGCAAAUCCCCUUCUGUGGCAGCUUCCCAGAACAACCCCUAGCACUGGCUCCCACCUACAGGCAAUGGUGGCCUGCACAACACACAUGGGCCCAAUAGGCCAGGAGAGGCUUCUGCUCCUGAUGAUUGGAGACUACACCGUGGAGAGACUGGCUCUGUUCUGCAACUGUUUAUUAAUGUUAGGUUUUGAUAGGUCAGAAAGUCCUGAUGCUCCCAGGUCUUCUCUUUUUCCUGAAACACCUUCUUCUAUUCAAUAAUUCCUAGUAUUCCUGCCAAAAUAGACACCUCUCUCAGGUGCUUCUGAGAGUCAGACUGCUCUGGGAUAAGACUAGGUCAAGCAUUCCAUCUGGAAGGCCCCUUUCCCUGGAAUAUGUGUUCCUGUGACAACCAAGUGAAACACCACCAUCACAAACCCUCCCUGUGGGAAAUACCAAAGACAGGUUUUGCAUAAAUUUCCCCCUGCUCACAGCUCUUUCACUUGAUUGAGAGUUUCAGUCCUUCAAACCCAGGGACCCAUCUGUGUGGACUUUUUGUCUGUUUAGCAAUGCUUAUCUACAUUGUUAAAACAGCUGGCCCUGUCUGAAACUCCUAUUUUCAGCCCACCAUCACGGGAAAAUUAGAACUGGUCUUGGCUGUGGGAAUAAACUAAAAAAUGAUGUCUUUCGCCCAACAGCGUCAUGUGAAAAUCAAUUCCUAGUCUUGGGUUUACAGUUCUUUUAUCACUGUCUUCUUCUAGUCCUGAUUGAGUCCUACUGUUGCAAAA